AUGCCGUUCAAGACGUGGUUAACAGAAACCCUGGGGAUCAAGGUCCCCAUCGUGCAAGGAGGGAUGAUGUGGGUUGGUCGCGCCGAAAUGACAUCAGCCGUUGCAAAUGCUGGAGGUCUCGGGUUCUUAUUCGGCGUCAACAUCACCAUGCUUCCCGCCAUUAACGCCCCCGACUACCUGGCCUAUGCUAAGGCUGCCGUCCAAGAGGGCAUCAAGAUCAUCGAGACCGCCGGAAACCCUGAGCCUAUUCUCAACCUGAAUAGUUCUCUUCCAACUGGAGUGUUCGGAACAGCGACUAAUAUCAGAGGAUUAUUGCAGCGCUGGUCACGGAGGCGAAUGUGCGCUCAAGAGCUGAAGAUCCCAUUCAUCGCAUCCGGUGGUUUCUGCGACGGCAAGGGACUGGCUACGGCACUUGUCCUUGGAGCGCAAGGGAUCAACAUGGGCACUCGCUGGAUGUGCACAGUCGAGGCCCCAAUUCAUCAGAAUGUCAAAGAAGCAAUUGUCAAGAUGGACGAGAAUGGCACAAUCCUCGUUCUGCGAAAGUUCCGCAACACCACGCGUUUGGCCCGGAACGAGGUCACGCUGGAGGUACAUAAAAUUGAGAACAGCAAGCUAGACCCUCAAUUUCAAGAAGUGGCGCAUCUUAUGUCUGGUGCUCGGGGAAGAGGAGUAUACGAGACGGGUGACAUCAACGCGGGUGUUUGGUCCGUCGGUCUUGCUGCCGGGCUGAUUAAGUCUAUCCCGACAUGCGAAGAGCUCGCCCGUACCAUCGAGCGGGAGGCGGUCGAUGCUCUGUCAAAGGCAUCCAGUCUGUAUAGCAACCGCGCCAGCCUUUAA